UAACGGAUAACAAUGGUUUGGACUACUCGGACAGGCGUGGUUAUACCUGGUCAGUUGUCCCCAGUAAGGACAUUUUCAACGUGAGCAUGGCUAAGAUGACACAGGAACGCAGUUAUUCACGAAAGAGUGCGACAGAAAGUUUGAAAAUGACAACAUAGUAAACAUUGAGGUGCAUCAUGGGAGCCAGUAGCUCCACAGGGACUGCAGCGUCAGACCCCCAGUCACGGCCGACCCCCCGCAAUGCCAACAACCCAAACAGUACCAAUGGAGACACAGCCGCUGAAGCACCAGUACAGACACAGUUAGGCGAGGGGAAGACACGCAGCAAGAAGGCGUACAAUUCGACAAACAGUAAAACAAACACCAGCAGUUCAAAGCAUGCACAGCAGCCGACGGCCUUCCAGAAAAACAAAGGGAAAUUUAAUCCCGGGAAAAGCAAGAAAAAGGAGGUGGACCGUCUGCUACCCCCCAAACCGACGUCUACCACCAAGUACUCUCUCCUACACGACAUCGACUUCCACGCUGUAGACCAGCACGCCAUCGACGCUCCAGUGGAACUGUUGAUGGGGUCAUACUUUGACCUAGUAGAGUAUCUUACAGACGACAAUGCGUGGGAUGAUCUAGUCAAAUGCCGCGUCAUCUUCCGUUGGGUCACGUCAUAUGACAUCACGAGGAUGAAGAUUGACGUCACACCGCCGCCGAACUCUCCGCUCGAGUACUUCAGUAAAAUACAGUGUGAUCUCGGCAGCUACCCAAAUCUGUUUUACAUUCUGUGCGAAAUCGCAGAUAUUCCGUGUGUGGUAGUGGAAGGCAUCAAUAAGAGCUCAAUGUAUAAGGUAGGUGAGCCGAUUGACAGGGAAGAUCUCAAGGCUCAAUGGAACGCCGUGUACAUCUACGACGAAUGGCGUCUGGUUGAUACAUUCUGGGGGAAUAUGUGUGCUGGAAAUGAGAUGCCAGAAGAAUGGAGAGAUAUGGACGGCAUGAGUGUCACUACCGGUAAUAAAUCUGAUAUCAGCAGCAUCAAUGGCGACCCGAGCAUGAACGGUGAUGUAGAUAUUCCGGGCCGCGAAGUAACGCGGCAACCAACCGUUUUAGAGGGGACAAACAACCUGCCGACGGACGAAGAAAUUUCCGAAGCUGGAACAGAUAGACGCUUUACUGACCUAACAUGGAAAAGAUAUCACAAGAUGAUAGUUAACGAGCACUAUUUCUUAACGAACCCCAGUGAAAUGAUCAGCACCCAUCUCCCUGAUGAAGAUGUUUGGCAACUACUGGAAGAACCUAUCCCUUUUGCGGAGUUCGAGGAGCAAGCAUUCAUGAGGGAGAGGUUCCAUCAGCUUGAUAUGAAAAUUGCUGAUGAAAUUUAUGACAACUGUAUCAUCGAAGCCUUAGAUGGAGCGUCUGAGUUGAUAUUAACUCUCCCUCCUGAAAGAAGUAAAAACUAUCGAUUUAAGUAUGUGCUGUUUCGGUCACACCUUUCCGCGGAGGAAAGGACACGACUGGACAUCCUUUUAGACAGAUUCGUUAUAUUCGAACAUUUGGAAGACAUGUUGCGUUUCUCAUUUCAAUUUCCAAUUGCUGGGAAGUUUAAAUUAGACAUAUAUGGGUUGGAUAAAACUAACCCCGAGAUCAGUGGUUAUGACCUCGUGUGCUCUUAUCUUCUAGUGGCAAAUGACGCUCAAAACUGUAUACCUCUACCAGAUUAUCCUGCCAUUGGGUGGGGACCCGGAAUAACUUCACAAACUGCAGGCAUUGAAGCUAUUUCACACAAAGAGUCUUCCAUUCUCACCGAGGACGGACGUCUUGAAAUCGUCAUAGGAGGGGGUGAAGAACACAAACUGAAGAUGAGUCUUCGCAAUCCUUUUUCGGAUGAGGCCAAUUUGGACAAAUAUGCCAUUUUGAGAUGGACAGGGAAUGAUUUCAUUAUAAACACCCGUUUACCAAAAGGUGGUAUGUAUGCUAUGAAGUUAUAUGCCAAGAACUUAACGUCAAAGAAGGGGGAACAUGCAAAUGUGUUGAAUUAUCUCAUCAAGUGCUAUGGUAAAGGUUUGAAAAACGACCCUUUCCCAAACAUUAACACAGGGAACAUAGGUGCUAAUCCGGCGUGUAAAAACUUGGGCGUUAGAUGCAAUGGGUGCGAAGACGGAAUGAUAUUCGCCAAAGAUGGAUUUGCUCAGGUAGAGUUUGAGAACAAAGGGGAUGUGGAUUUAUCAUGCGAGCUGCAUACAAACGUUCUAGCACAAGCCGAUAGAAUGCGCGUGACACUGAAAAAUGGAAACAACAAAAACUGGUUCUAUUUAGAUUUGCCAGCACAAGGGGAAUAUUCCAUGAAUGUAUAUGCACAAAAGAAAGGACAAGUGUGCCAUGACUUACAUAACUCACAUGCAUUUUUAGUCCAGUCUACUGGAAGACCAAUACAAGAAGGUACUGUCGGAAGAGUGAAGAACAGCAAUUUUUGGAAAGACACAUCACCGGUUAUAGCCGAAACAAUUUAUACAAAGCAGUCAGAGAUCGCAGUACCUGUACCAGCAGGUAUGGAAAACGUGUUAGCAUUUCUAGAACAGAAAGAAGCGGACAUCGCUCCCAGCAAAGAGAACGUCGAAAUGACAACGGAGCUCGGAGUGACAAUGUUUAAGGUCAUAUUGCCUAAACACGGAGAAUACAUUCUGCAUAUCUAUCAACAAGCCGAGAAGGUGUACCUCAAGAGCAUCGGUAGGUACUACAUAUUCCGAUCAAAUUCUGUCGACGUAGUAGAAGAUGACCUGAUCACCAUUAUGGACGCAAUCAGAGAAGAACGAGUGAGGGUCGGUCAGGAUGUAUCCGCCAUUGACGCUACAAACAGAGCGCUCCGAGACAGGAAGAGGAGGAAUGUCCCCGUUGACGAAAAGAUUGCCCGUGCGCAGAAAUUAUUUCUAUCGCUCGAGUCAGAUGAUCCUGCAGUUAUCCGGCAAGCUUUGUCGGAUAUGCUACUCACACAGCCAGAUCCAGCGAAUGCAUUAGUGAAAAAGGCCAAGAAACUUCUCAGAUACAAGGAAGCCAAAAUAGAGCUCAAUCAGGCAUACAAGACAAGAAAUCUGCCAUUACUUGAAAAGGCUAUUGUUAAGGCAAAAUCUGCCAAUACUGACAAAUCACUGGACAUGCCGCUGUUGUUAGCGAGGCGUCUCAGGGAUCGUCUCCGUGUUCUGCAGCGACUGAGCGAAGGUGUCCGCCAGGCGGACCACAAGACAAUGGGGGAACUGAAGACGUACGACAAUCCACCAGCUGGCGUACACAAUGCAGUGAGGGCAGCUCUUCUUCUAUUAGGACAUCCACUGUCGGAAUCAGAGAAAUGGAUUCAAUGCAAAACCAUUAUGCACCAAUCUGAGAAUGAAAAUCUCGCUCAGAUAAUGGUAAACUUUGAGCCAAAAGAUGUAUCCAUAGCAACUGCUAUAGAAGCUAAAAUGAUGUUGGAGCCCUACACUGAAACAAAAAUGAGAGAAAUAAGCCCUGGAGCGACAGGAGUGUUUAUAUGGGUGAAAUCUAUGAUAAAGGAAAUUGAGGCGUCAGUUGGAACUCUAAAGGAAAGAAAACCCAAACCUAAGCGACCAGUCAUUAUACAGCCAAAAUUUGCCAAACCAACGAAGAAGUAUGUGACAAUCACUAUGGAUAUGUUGAAUAAACCGCCUCCGCUCACCACCGAAGGUCUUUUUGACCUUGGAGAACGAACAUACCAGAAUGCAUACAAAAGAAGGAAAUUGAAGGGUUUAUCCUUUCCAGUAGGACAUCCUGCGAACGGUCGAAAAGGUGGCUUCACUGUGAUAUCAGAUCCACAUGUUGACAUACUAUCUGUUGGGUCAGAAAAGGGGAAGAAAAAUAAUGUCUCGCCGGUGAAUAUAAAAAGUAAAAGGAGAACGAUGGCUCAUGCUAAUUCAGACAAAACUAGACGAAGAACUAGUGUUGAAAAAGAAAAAUCGGAGAAAAGAACAAAUGAAAAGAAAGACAGAAGACAGAGUGAUCCAGAUCCGUCGUCAAAAAGCCAGCCAUGGGAACCCGACUCGCAUGAUUUCCAGAAGAUCGAGGUGAAGGAGUUGCACAGAACAGGUGCUCAAUACACACCUGACUCGGAACUACUAAACGGGUUUGAUCUGUCAAAUGGUAGUGGGGCAAACAACAGCGUAUCAAACAAGAGCGUGACAAUUAACAGUGUGACAAAUCCACAAAACGCCAAAGUUGAUAAGGAAGCGAGGAAAGCCAAAAGACGGCAGCUGAGGAAGUCGUACAGCGAGCCGCGCAUCACAGAGCCAGGGAGUAUCGUAGACCGUCAUUCUUAUCUGGGAAUCCAUAAUCGGGAGACACAUAGUGAAAUCCCUAUCAAACCAAUGAAGGUCGAUCCCAAAUUAGUUAACUUCAAAGGAACAUCAGGGUACGCUGGUAAAUACGAACUGAGAAAGUCCUAUAACGAAGCUAUCAAAGUCAGCGGUUUACCAAAUUAGCAUUAUUGAGCUGUGAAAUAACUUAACCCAAAUAACAGUUUAUAAGUGUAGAAACCAAUAACAUACACAUAUUUGACGGGAUAUGUUACGAUUGCAUGUAACGUGUUCCUAAACUGACUGCGACGGAAAUUACAUUAUAUUUCCACGAUAUGGUUGUAUCAGUUUUAUUGUUUUGUUGUCGAUAUAUUAUGUUAAUUUAUAUUAUCAAUGAUAGAAGAAAUCUGUAAGCUGUUCUGAUGUAUGCAUAAAUCAUUUGUAUUGUAUAUUUGACCUUUUCACAGAAGAAAUAAUGACAUGAUGUGAAGAUAACAUUAUCUUAUCGAUGAGUUCACUACGUUUUGUAUUACUAUUUAUACAGACAUUUACUAGACUAUUGUUAAGUCGAUAUAUUAGCUAGUUGUGAAGUACGCACUGUCAGUCGAGUAUUUUGCAAAAUAGCAUUUUUUCAGAAUACAUUUGUGCAAAAGAAUUCAAAGUUAUCAUCUUUUCAACGAUUUUAUUUAUUUAGUAAAACGUUAUU